AGAAAAUUUUCACAUAUUUCCAAAUUCCAAUCUCACACAAACAGAAAUUGAAGUCUUGGUGAUUUCACACCAGCACCUCUAUAAAAGGCGGCUGCAGCGCUUCACAUUAUUCACCCUCCUCUCUCAUCAAUUCUCUCUUCAUUUUGUCCCCUACAAAAAGAGAGGAAGUUAAAGUAAUAAAUUUGUAUUAAUUUUUAGAAAAUUGAAGAUGUAUUCUCAAUAUAAAAGCAGCAGCAAUGGCGGAAUUGAGAGUGGUGUGAGAGAGAGGGAAGUGGCGGUGGCCAACAAGAGAAGUAUGAGGGGAUGCGACGUCGUUUUGAGGUUCUUGGCUCUGGCGCUCGGCUUCGCCGCCGCGGUGGUUUUCGGCGUCAAUAAGGAGACCGAAAUGGUGGCGGUGACUUUGGUCGCCUCGCUGCCGCCGGUCAAUAUUCCGGCCACCGCCAAAUGGAACUACUUGUCGGCCUUUAAGUACUUUGUGGUGGCAAAUGCUAUAGCUUGUGGCUAUGCAGCCAUUUCAUUAGUCCUAACCCUAGCAAAUAGAAAUGGUAGAAAGGGGAUCACAACAUUGGUCAUCAUCUUGGACCUGGUAAUGGUGGCGCUCCUAUUCUCCGCCCUCGGAGCCGCGGGCGCCAUCGGCCUCAUGGCCAAGCAGGGGAACUCGCACGUGCAAUGGAAUAAGGUGUGCGAUUUGUUCGACAAAUUCUGCGAGCGGGGGGCCGCCUCCAUCGGCCUCUCCGGUGCGGCCGCGGUGGCAUUCUUCGUAUUGGUGGUGCUUGCUAUCUUCAACCUCCACAAGAAACACUAGAUAGGAAUGGUGAAUGCUUUGUUUUUGCGCCGUGAAAUUAGGUUGCUUAUCAACAGUUUUAAAUUCAUGUUCUUGUAUAAAUAAGGCGUUUGAUUUUUAUUUUUUUUAAUUGAAAGGGUAUGUUUAAUUAUUA